AUGUCACAUCCUGUUAUUGUCAAAAGUUUCUGUAAAGCUGCUUGCGGAUCAAAGAAGAACAACCUACGACAGAGCAUUGCAGCAUUUCAAUCCAAAGCGAAGAUUCGAACUGCAAAAAGAUUCCGGGGGGCUGGGCGAAUCUACGUCAAGAAGCAACUCUCGCGCCUAAGGCGACACGACAGAACCGUCUUAGAGCGGCUGAAAAACGCAGCAACGCCGUACGGCCCUGAAUACGAGAUCUUCUUAAGCGGCCUGAUAGCGCUGCGAUCGCGCCGCAAGGGCCUCUCGUUUCAGCUGUUCUCGAAUGCGGCCGCCGCGCGUCCCAUGGAUGAUCUCGUGCUGCGCGUGCUGAAGCCACAGCCACAGACCAUCUUCAUCCAGCUGAAGCACGCCAACGCCACUGAGGCAGCUGCAGCGGUGACCACGCAGGUAAACACUCUUAAGCCAAAAGCCACUGAUGAUAGGCAUCUAAUUCGAGCACUCCAUCUCUAUUGGUACAGCGCAUUCGGUGACAGCACCUAUGUAAAUGCUCUUGAUCGCAAGGCACUAAUCUUCAUCCUGCUCAAGCACACUAACUCUACUUGA